UAAGGCUUAGUAUAAAGAAGAGUUGGGGCGUGACUGUGGCUAUGUGUGUGGAAAGGGAAAAUGCCAAUAAGAAAGUAUUACUGCGAAUACUGCGAAAAGCAAUUUCAAGACACUCCGUCGGAUCGAAAACGCCACUCUGCAGGCAUUCAACACCAGCAAGCCAAAGCUCGUUGGUAUGAUUCCUUCAAACCCCAACAACAACAACAACACAACCCUAAUAUUCCACCUAAUCAACCCUUCUGCUCCCACUUCAUCAACACGGGUUUUUGUCGCUACGGCGAUUCUUGCAAAUAUUUUCAUCCCAAUACCAACAACAAUAUACAGCAGCAGCAUCAACCAAUAAUUAACAACACACCAAGGGAUGUAGUUGUAGAAAGUAUGGGAGUGUCGUUGGGGAAUUUACCUCCGUCGCUACAGCCUCCGCCUGAGGGUGGAUACCCCACAUUGCCUUUGUCAACUGGGGAUAGAAUUGUAAUUGUAUCCAUCCAUCCUGCCUAAGAUAUUCUAGGGCGACACACUAAAUUAAUUAAUGUAGCUAUUUUUUUAUUUUUUUUAAAAGAAUGAGACUAUUCUAUCUUGAUUUGUAAACCUAAAAAUGUUGAAAAUUUGUUAAGUUGAAUAAUGUGGCGUUUUGGAUUGAAAUUCACAAUCUAAUAUGUAUGAAUGUUAUGUGAUUUUUAUCAUCUUGUUA